UUAUCCUCCUUUGCUUUCUUCUCCGACUCUCUCAUUAUAAAUAUGUUUUUGGCUUCUGCCUCUAUCUGAUGAGUUAUCUAUCUGUCUCUGGUUGCUUGCUUCCAUUGCAUGCCACGAUACCUCUUGUUUCUCUCUCCCUCUCUCUCUCUCUCGGAGCCAUCACUUUCUGUAGCCAUCCUUGCUCAGUAGCCGCCGAUCCGUCACUUCAUAUAUCUCGACUUCCUCUCCCUCCUUCUCCUCCAAGGGCGAAGUGCAGAGGAGACUCUGUGCUUUGAGUUUGGGACUCCGCAUAUUCUCCGAAGUUGGCAGAGAAUUUUCCGUCCUCUCCUGCUAUUCUUUGUUGGUUCUCAAGGGGCCAGGUGAAAAUGGAAGGGGAGUCGUGCAUCCCACCAGGGUUCAGGUUCCAUCCCACGGAAGAAGAGUUGGUGGGGUACUACCUAGCCAGGAAAGUUGCAGAUCUAAAGAUCGAUCUCGACGUCAUCACCGACGUCGAUCUCUACAGGAUCGAGCCAUGGGAUCUCCAAGAUAAAUGCAAGCUUGGAUACGAGGAACAGACAGAGUGGUAUUUCUUUAGCCACAAGGACAAGAAGUAUCCGACUGGAACGCGGACGAACCGGGCCACAGCAGCUGGUUUCUGGAAGGCAACGGGAAGGGACAAGGCAGUUUUUUCCAAGUACAAGCUCAUAGGGAUGAGGAAGACGCUGGUGUUCUACAAGGGACGCGCUCCUAAUGGCCGGAAGUCCGACUGGAUCAUGCACGAGUACAGGCUAGAGAGCCGUGAGAGUCCACAACCUCAGGAUGAAGGUUGGGUUGUGUGCCGUGCAUUUAGAAAGCCAAGCCCAUCUCAAAAGCCAAACUCAUCAACCUGGAACCAUGGAGUCUUCCCCUCCUUCAUGAACCAGGCUAGAGCAUAUCAACUUUCACUAUCAGGCCUCGAUGAUCCUGAACCCAUCCACAGCUCCUCUGCCUUCGGCUGCAACAUAGACGAUCUCGUCGUAUCUUCUAAACUUCACACAGCAGAGAGCCAGUUCCUUCAUCUUCCCCAACUGGAGAGCCCUUCGGUGCUCCUUCCGAGCCAACUCUACAAGGAAGCGAGCUGCCAUUCGUCUUAUGAUUCACCAAGCACCGAAGGGAAUGAAGCAAAUGGGUAUCACUGCUUUGACAACAGUGAGGGGCAUCUUGCUCCUUGGGCAUCCAUGGACGGCCAUGGCGCGUCUCAGCACAGUGAGACUACCUCAGAUUCCAACUGCUACAACGUUCCCUUGUUUCACUUGGAGAAGCAGGCGGGAGAGCAGUACCAACCACAGUUUUUUCCUCAUGAUUCGUUCCCCAACCCUCGGAGCCUCUAACUGCUGGGGAUUGUUUGGAUUUCUACUAAAGUGACGGAGAGAAGGUGGCGUGGAUGGUUUCGUGGGUUCAUAAGGAUCCGUUCAUCUCUGUUGAAAGAAGACAACAGAGAAGGCAAUGAUCUUCAGGCCUCAGCUGCCAUCUUCCACUUUCUCUUUCUUUUUUUUCUUUUUUUUUCCUUUUCCUUAUCAAUUUUCGUGUCUGUAGUCCUAACAAGAAGAAGGGAAUGAUGAUAAUAACUCCACGAACAUUUGGUCAUACUUCCGCUGUUUUAAGGAAGUGCUAAUGACUCUGUUGCAUGGAAAAUGCGUGUGGAACAUAACGAUGUAAACUAUUCAUAUGCUUUCUGUUUUUGUUU